GAAUAUGAAGAGUAUCUUUUAUCACUCAAAGGGAAACUAGCUUAAGCUAUGUUCACCUUUCUACAAACUUCUCUUUCACAUGCAAAUUUCUAUUCACUAUUCUUCACUAUCUUCUCACUCUUACUCUCUUUUUUCUUCAUAAUCAAAUAUUGGUAUUAUUCCAACAAUUCUUCUGCCACCACAAAAAACUACCCACCAUCACCUCCAAGAUUUCCACUACUUGGUAAUCUCCAUCAACUUGGCUUAUUCCCUCACCGCACACUCCAAACAUUAUCUCACAAAUAUGGCCCUUUAAUGCUUCUUUAUUUUGGCAAGGUUCCAGUACUUGUGGUUUCUUCUGCUGAUGCAGCAAGAAAAGUAAUGAAAACUCACGAUUUGGUUUUCUCCGAUAGGCCACAAAGUAAAAACUUUGAUAUCCUUUUAUACGGUUCCAAGGAUGUGGCAAGUUGUGCAUAUGGCGAGUAUUGGAGACAAAUAAGGAGUCUCUGUGUGUUGCACGUUCUGAGUAACAGAAGAGUUCAAUCUUAUCGUCGUGUUAGAGAGGAAGAAACUUCAAGACUGAUGGACUAUAUUAAGGAAUAUUCUUCUUCUGCAUCGUCGCCGUUGAAUUUAUCUGAGUUGUGUUCUACUGUUACUAAUGAUAUAAUAUGUAGGGUGGCUCUAGGAAAGAGAUACCGUGAAGGAAGAGGGAAGAAAUUUCAGGAAAUGUUAUUGGAGAUGGGAGAAUUAUUGGGUACUGUAUGUAUAGGAAACUAUAUACCUUGGCUUGAUUGGUUGGGAAAAGUUAAUGGAUUUUAUAGAAAAGCGGAAAGAGUCGCCAAACAUUUGGAUGAGUUUAUAGAAGAAGUGAUUGAGGAUCACAUUCGUCGUAGAUCUGAUGGAGAUGUUGGUGUGGAUGAUAAUGAUUUUGUGGAUGUUUUACUUUCAGUUCAAAAGACUAAUGAUAUUGGCUUCCUAAUUGAUAGAACUGCAAUAAAAGCUUUGAUACUGGACAUGUUUGCUGCAGGUACCGAUACUACGUACACAGUCCUAGAAUGGGCAAUGGCAGAACUGUUAAGAAACCAAACUGUGAUGCAUAAAUUGCAAGAUGAAGUGAGAACCAUGGUUGGUAACAAAACUCAUGUAUCUGAAGAAGAUUUGGUUAAGAUGAAUUACUUGAAGGCAGUGAUCAAAGAAACACUUCGCCUCCAUUUACCAAUUCCGUUGUUAAUCCCUCGGAGAUGUAUGGAAGAUAUCAAACUAGAUGGCUAUGACAUUGCAGCUGGAACACAGGUAAUUGUCAAUGCUUGGGCUAUUGCAAGACACCCUUCAAGUUGGGAUGAACCUCUAGAGUUUAAACCAGAAAGGUUUAUGAAUAGUUUAAUAGAUUUUAAAGGAAUGGAUUUUGAACUUAUACCAUUUGGUUCUGGAAGGAGGGGCUGUCCUGGAGUGUCAUUUGGUGUUGCUGUGAUUGAAUUGGUGCUAGCCAACCUUGUUAGCCAAUUUGAUUGGAAAUUACCUAAUGGAGUAGAAGGAAAGGAUUUGGACAUGUCUGAAACUUUUGGGCUUACCUGUCAUAGAAAAUACCCUCUCCUUGCAGUAGCUACUAAACAUGAGAAAAAAUGAACAAACUGUUGUAGAUUAUGUCCACCCAUGCAGCUUGAUUCCAUCUUCUUGAAAUGAUUAAUCUUUUUCCUGCAAAAUAAUAAAUAAUUAUAUAAACCUGAGGCGUGUAAAAACACUGUCCUUAAGGAUUUAUCCGCCUCAUAAGCGCAAAUCCCCCAGGAUUCAACAGGUUCUUCUCAGAUUCUUAAUAAGACUCUGAGGCGUCAGAACAACAAGAAACAUAUUGACCGGAAGAUGUAACCAGGAAAAACUAAAAAGAAUAAGGAAUAUAAAAUAAAGAGAGCUUUUCACGUUAUAUGUUCUAGUAUUUUUUUAUUUUUCUCCUCUCUCCAAAAUAGUAGAGAAAUUGUUAUAUAUAAAGAAAGGAAGAUGAAGUAGUAAGUUUGACUAAGUCAAGUCAAACUAAUUAAUUGCAAUUAUUUGAUCAAGCCAAAUUAUUAUAAGUCAUAAAA